GAGGAUUGUAAUUGUCGACUAUCAAUAGAGUACCCCAUCCUUCACCGGGUCAGACCAUCGCCCUUUAGCUCCCUCCGUGACUUCAAAGCCUGCUCCUAGAGGUUACAGCAUCCCUCCUCGUCCUCUCGUUCCCCAUCUUUAGCCAUGACCGUCUCUGCCGAGCUCGCGACCACUGCCCCAGUCCUAGAGAAGGUGACGACCGUGCACAGGCAGCUGAGCGACACAGAGGCCUCGUACUUUCUGCCAGCACGAGCCAAUGGCGUGAACGACAUGUACCUGCACUUGGGGUUCCAUGCCCCCGCCUCGCUGAUGCGCCGCUCCCGCGUACGCCUCGUCUGGGCUCUUCUCCGCCUGAGGCAUCCACUUCUCGCCUCGCAGGUGGACAUGCGCGACUACGAGGACAUUCGCUUCGUGUAUACGCCCCCUCCUACACUGGCCGCCGCCCUCGGGAACGCUGAUCAGGCGCUUGAAUAUCGCGCGGGGGACAAGGACGCACUGAUCGACGCCUACCUCAACGGCCCGCGCACGCUACACAACGAGCGCCUGUCCUACCUCAUCCUUUCUGACACCGCUGGCACUGCUCUUCCGACUCCCCCGGCCUCGCCAGGACCGCUGGACACCUCCCCGAACAACGUACCGAACCAUGACAUCCUGAUCUGCGCGACGCACUUCUUGGGCGAUGGGAUGGCACUCCACACGUUCGCGAACGACUUCUUCGGGCUUUUGGGUGGUGGUGCAAGCGAAGAUGAACUUUCCAAGUUGGUCGAAGACGAGUGGCGCGCGGCGGUCAGACGCGCAACCGACGGGAAAUUGGCUUUGCCUGCAGCAACGGAGGAUAGACUACCAGCAUCACCUGAAAGUAGAUUGCGCCGUGCCGCCGAGCGUGUGGACUACCAGCGCUACCAGGAGAAGCAGAUUGGUGGUCAUGCCUUUCCGCGUGCGAAGGGGAAGGAAAGGCAUACCAUCGUUCCCACCGUGCCAUUUUCUGCCGACCGGACGAAGGCUAUGCUGAAAAGAUGCAAAGAGCACGGCGUCUCCAUCUCCGCCGCGCUCUUCGCGAUCUGCAACAUCGCCUGGGCUCGCACGGCCAACGGGAACUGGGAGCUCCCUAUGAUGAUGUACUCGGCCCUCAACAUGCGUCCGUACCUCCUCGCAGAGAAAGCACUGAACCAGUCGUACUGGUUCCUCGCCGUCGGCUACUUCAACGUCGUUCUACCGUCUUUCCUCCCCGCGGAUGCGGCGAAGACCUUCUGGCUUCGCGCCCGCGCUGCGAAGGCGCAGAGCACGCGCGCGGCGAAGAGUCCCAUGCUCGUGCCUCGCGCUCGGGAGACGGCGCGCGAACGCGGUGUACGAGCGCGGCAGUGGGCGAGGGAGGAUGACGGUGUCGCAGCGCCGCCAGCAUCCAAGCCAGCCUCUGCGCCAACUCCCAGCACCGCGCCCAAGAUCCCUUCCACUGCACUCAUCGGUCUCUCGCUCCUCGGGAACCUGGACGGGAUGUACAAACACGCGACGUUCGGGUCAAUCAAGAUGCACACCCUCACGACAGGCUCGCGGCAGCGGGCGGGCGGGAUGUUGCUUUUCGGCUACACUUUCGCAGGCAAGCUGUGGGUCAGCCUUGGUUACGACGAGAAUGGGUUCGAGAAGGAGACGGUGCAGGCGUACUGGCGUCGUGUGCUGGAGGGAAUCGAGGAGUUCCUGGGGUGAUUCGGACAUCCACAUAUGGACUCGCGUGUACAUGGACUAUAGGCUUCGCCGCCGGACUGAGCUGUUGCCUAGAUAAUGGUAUAAUGGUAUAAGUAGCGCCUGUCUUUGUAGGAUGUUGUAUUGCUGUCGAGAAUGUAUUAGUCUGUCUGAGGUCCGCUCGCGCAAGAAACUGGGUGGUCCUUGUGAGGAUGCAAGCGUACGGUGGGCAGGGGCAUUGGCGCAGUGGUAGCAGGUGAGCGCUAGCGCAUCAGGUGAGGGCUCCUUUGGGGUUUGGAGCAUAAACUUGAUGCAUAUAGUCGAAAACCAAGGCGUCCCACCCCUCCGACAUGGAAAUAUGGCUCGAAAACUCUAUUUCACCAGGUC